GACGAGAGCAAAUACAUUUAACUAAUUUAACAGUUAAUUAGAUUUAAAAAUAAAUAAAAAUAGUAAACACUUUCCUCCAACUAGAUUCACGUUUACUUACUUUACUACGCGGAUCGUAAAUUACAUAUUUGGAAAUCCGUCCGCGAACAACGACAUAACCCCAGAUAUCGCGAGAAACCGCGAGAACAUGGAAACAAGACAACAAAAAUAAAUUUGUGGACAACAAGCCAGAGUGCAUGAUGGCGGCGUCGCUGCUGCUGCGCCGGGACAAGAAAGCCACUGCCGCCCACUUGAAGGCAGACUUAAAUCGGACUGACAACAGCUCCGGGGUCCGACAACUUCAGGAGCUUCUCGACGCUGUGCUAAAUCCCGAAAAACCAGCGGCGGACACGGACGCUCUCGACUGGUGUAAAUGUCUGCUCGCAGGAGGAGACGGUUUCGAGGAGUUCUGCAAAACGGUCCGGUCCUAUGACAACGCGACUCUCUGCGGCUUGGUUUGGACCGCUAAUUUCGUGGCGUACCGCUGCCGGACCUGUGGCAUCUCUCCGUGCAUGUCGCUGUGUGCUGAGUGCUUCAAUAACGGAGACCACACGGGCCAUGAUUUCAACAUGUUCCGGAGCCAGGCUGGCGGGGCCUGUGACUGUGGAGACGGUAAUGUCAUGCGAGAGAGUGGGUUUUGCAGACCACAUCGGUUGAGAACGGGGGAGAAUGUCCCUUCAAUACCCCGAGACCUUCUCUUGAUGUCUGAGAUGGUUCUUCCUCGCUUCAUCCUGUGUAUCAUACAGUAUCUGAGAGAUGGAUACAUUGAGCCAGACACCUCAACUGAGAGAGAUCUACAGAAAGUCCUGCAGCAGCUGGAGCCUCAGAUCUCUUUCCUAGAGGAGCUCACGAAGAUGGGAGGAGCAAUGCGGACUGUACUGACAAAGAUCUUGACCAAUCAGCAGACAUUCAAGGAGUUGAGCAUGGGCCAAGAGGAGAACUUGUAUGCUAAAAAGAACUAUGACAAGUAUCUGUCAGCCUUGAAGAAUUCAGGUCUGGUGUCUGUGGAGGAGAAAGGCCAAGGUGCUACAGCUGAUGUCACUGUUGGUGCUGAAGGAGGUGCAGGAGCAAUGGUCCUAUUGGGAACCACUGCACCAGGGAGCCCAGAUGAGUCUAAUAAAGAGGAGGACCAAGAUGCAGGGCAGUCUGUUGGCCAGAGGAAGAGGGUUAAGCUGAGCAGCAGUACCAAAGACCCGUGUAUUAUUGAAUCUCUGAAGCAUAAAUGCUUCCUGGAGGAGUUGCUGUUUUGGACAAUAAAAUAUGAGUUUCCUCAGAAGAUGGUCACAUUCUUACUCAACAUGUUGCCAGAUCAGGAUUACAAGAUCACCUUUACAAAAACAUUUGUUCAGCAUUAUGCAUUCAUCAUGAAAACACUGAUGAAAAGCCACGAGUCGGACACAAUGUCCAACCGCAUUGUACAUAUUAGUGUGCAGCUGUUCAGCAACGAGGAGCUGGCUCGACAUGUGACAGAGGAGUGUCAGCUGCUGGACAUCAUGGUCACAGUCCUCCUCUACAUGAUGGAGAGUUGCCUUAUUAAAAGUGAGCUUCAGGAUGAAGAGAACAGUCGCCAUGUUGUGGUGAACUGCAGCGAGGCUCUGUUGAAGAACAACACCUACUGGCCAUUAGUUAGUGACUUCAUUAACAUCCUCUCACACCAAAGUGUAGCGAAAAAGUUCCUAGAGGACCAUUCAUUGUUGAUGCUGUGGAUGAGCUUUGUAUCGUUUUUCCAAGGUAUGAACCUGAAUAAGCGGGAGUUGAAUGAACACGUGGAAUUUGAGUCUCAGACAUACUAUGCAGCAUUUGCAGCAGAGCUUGAGGCCUGUGCACAACCAAUGUGGGGUCUCUUAACACACUGCAAAGUCAAAGAGACACAGGAGUACACUAAAACUGUGGUGCGUUACUGCUUGGAGACUCUGCAGAUCUGGUUUGAUGCCAUUGGUUUCAUUGACGAGCCUGCUCCCAAUCAAGUGACAUUUCACCUGCCACUGCACCGCUACUAUGCCAUGUUCCUCAGUAAGGCUGUAAAGUGCCAAGGCCUGGAUCUGGACAGCCUCCUGCCUGACCAAGAGAUGCUGAUGAAGAUCAUGGUGCAUCCGCUCCAAAUCCAGGCGUGCCUGUCAGAGAUCCACAGCAACAUGUGGGUCAGGAAUGGUCUCCAGAUCAAGGGACAGGCCAUGACCUACGUGCAGUCACACUUCUGCAACUCCAUGAUUGAUCCAGACAUUUAUCUCCUCCAGGUCUGUGCAUCAAGACUAGACCCGGACUACUUUAUCUCAAGUGUUUUUGAGAGGUUCAAAGUGGUUGACUUGUUGACGAUGGCCUCUCAGCAUCAGAAUGCUGUGUUAGACUCUGAGCAGGAAAGGCCGAUGCUGGAAGGAGCAUUGACCUUCCUGGUCAUAUUGACGAGCCUUCGCAUUCAUCUGGGGAUGACGGAUGACGAGAUUCUUCGAGCUGAGAUGGUCUCGCAGUUGUGUAUGAAUGACCGUACACACAGUGCGCUGUUAGACCUUAUUCCCGAGAAUCCCAACCCAAAGAGUGGCAUUGUACCAGGGAGUUGUAGUUUUGAGGAGAUGCUCUCUGCUGUAGCUGACUUCAAAGCACCGGUGUUUGAGCCUGGAGGCUCCAUGCAGCAGGGGAUGUACACACCUAAAGCGGAGGUGUGGGAGAAGGAGUUUGACCCCAUCAUGGUUGUUCUCAGAACUGUCUAUCGACGUGACGUCCAGUCAGCAAUGGACAGAUACUCGGCAUUUUUAAAACAGUCUGGGAUCCACACCGGCAACCCAUGGCCACCGUACAAGGAGAGGACUCCUUUGCAUCCGUGUUACAAAGGCCUAAUCAAGCUGUUGCACUGCAAGACGCUUCACAUUGUGAUAUUCACUCUCCUUUACAAGAUAUGGAUGGAUCACCAGAACAUGUCUGAGCAUGUGCUGUGCAUGGUGCUGUACCUGAUCGAGCUGGGCUUGGACAACCAGGUUCAAGACAACAAGGAGGACGAGGAGCCGUGCAUUGAGGAGCACUGCCAUGACAGUUGGUUCCCUGGCACCAACCUCCUCUCCAAUCUGCACCAUGUCAUCAACUUUGUGAGGGUUCGGGUUCCCGAGACAGCUCCCGAAGUGAAGAGAGAGGCCCCUCCCAGCACCAGCACUGAAGCUUCUUCUUAUGGCCAGAACUCCAGGCGUCUUACAGGGAAUUGGAGAGAGAACCUGCGUGAAGCUCAGGUGUUCAGCCUUGUAGCGGAGCGCAGGAGGAAGUUCCAGGAGAUCAUCAACCGCAGCAACACUGAAGCUACCCAGGUGGUGAGGCCCAAGAGCUCCUCAACACGCUGGGUUCCACCAGGCACACCCCCCCAGCUGGUGACAGAGAUCCUGGAGAUCCGGGAGAGCAUGCUGUCCCUCCUCAUCAAGCUCCACCAGAAGCUGUCAUCCAAGCAGAACUCUCUGUCGGCAUCCUGGCUGGAGGAUAUGGACAUGAACCGUCACGCUCAUGGAGAUGGCAUUACAGCCAUUGAGCGUAUCCUCACCAAGGCGGCCACGCGGAGCUGCCAAAUCAAGCGUAGCAUCCAGGACAUUUGUGGAAAGGUGUGUCCUCCUGUUCCACCUAAGAAGAACAGUCCCACAGACAAGAAAACUAUGGAUAAAGAAGAAAGACGUCAAAGGGCUAGAGAGAGACAGCAGAAGCUGCUUGCUGAAUUUGCCUCCAGGCAGAAGAGUUUCAUGGAAACGGCCAUGGAUGUUGAAUCCCCUGAAACGGAGGCUGCCAUGGACCUAGGAGCGUCUGAAGUGAUGGAGUCCGAGGUUCUUUACGACUGCGUGAUCUGUGGCCAGAGCGGACCUUCCACCGAGGACAGACCCACUGGCCUUGUAGUUCUCCUCCAGGCAUCCUCAGUGCUGGGGCACCGCUGCAAAAGCAAAGAGGCCAAGAAACUACCGACAAGUGAUGAAGAACACAUCUAUGCCGCAGACACGUGUGGGGUGGCUCAUGAUGUCAGGCUCACGCUCAUGCAGCGGUUCUUCAAAGAUAGCUCUUGUCUGCAGUCUGUGUCAAUAGGUUGGGACGGGGGCGUCUACGUCCAGACCUGUGGACACACUUUGCAUAUAGAUUGCCACAAGUCAUACAUGGAGUCUCUGAGGAAUGACCAGGUCCUCCAGGGUUUCUCUGUUGACAAGGGUGAAUUUACCUGCCCACUGUGUCGACAGUUUGCCAAUAGUGUCCUUCCCUGUCGCCCUGGACGGGGCACAGAGGCUGGUGCCUGGCACACACCCACAAACAAGAAGACGUGUGUGCUUGUAAAGGAGGUGGAAGAUCUUCAGGAGAAACUUGGGCUUUUUCCGUCUAAACUGCCUAUGAAGGGGGAUAGAAAACAAGAAAAGGAACUUUCAAUAAAGACGGAAUCCAACUUGAGUAAAGAGAUGGAGCUUGUUAUUAAAGACAUCAAGAAUACCACCCAGAAGAAAUACAUGGACUACGGCAAGAACCCUGGCUCCCCUGACAAUGACUUCCUCUUCAUGUACUCUGUGGCAAGGACCAACCUGGAGUUGGAACUUGUGCACCGGGGAGGAAACCUGUGCUCUGGAGGGGCCAGUGCAGCUGCCAAACGCUCAUGUCUCAAUCAGCUGUUCCAUGUGUUGGCCAUGCACAUGCGUCUAUACAGCAUUGAUUCAGCCUACAACCCCUGGACUAAGCUGACUCAGGUUACACAAAGCAGAGAGACAGACGGCUUUGAUGAAGAGAGACCUGAGGUACCCAUGCUGUUUCGAGAUGUCCCAUCCCUCCUGAUUAUCUUUGUGCUAACAAUGCCACAACCGCUGCGAAAAGAGCACUUUACCUGUGUGGUGAAGAUGCUGUACAACCUGCAGUUCACCCAGGCUCUGGCUGCACUCUCAUCCAAGUUCAGCCCAGAAGAAAGGCAGGCCUGGAGCACAGCUGGAGCCCUCAAGAAGAGUGCAGCAAAUGCUGAUAAAUCCUUUGAAGUGCUGCUCAGUCAUGUUAUCAGUGAGCUCUCUAAGGACAAGAGUGUCUACAAGGUGAACGCUGAAGAAACAUCAAUGCUGAUCUCCAGUGUGUGGUCCCCACAGUCUAUCGAGUUCAGCCUCCAGCAGUUCUGCCUGCCCUUCCUUCGCCUCUCCUGUCUCCUGCAGCAUCACCUCUAUGGAGACAACCUAACUGGUUGCCAGGAGGAGGAGGAGUUUGCGUCCUUGGCUGUGUGUUUGGGGCUCCUACCCUCGGCCCCUCAGCCAUCCAACACUGUGCACAGUGCCUCAUGUCUGCAGUGGGCGGUCAGCGCCUUUGACUUGGUGAUACAGUGGUGCGCUGAGGUCACAGGGCUCUCCCAGAUGCAGGCUGAGCAAUCAUUGACCUUGGUUGUCCAGGAUCCUCAGUGGGCAGCCCCCCGCCUUCUCCAGCUACCUGACAACUACAAUAUCAUCUUCCAGUACUAUCACAGGAAGGCCUGCACUGCCUGCAAAAAGGUGCCAAAAGACCCUGCACUCUGCCUUGUUUGUGGCGCCUUCGUCUGUCUCAAAGGCGUGUGCUGCAAACAGCAGGGUACCUGUGAAUGUGUUUUGCACUCCCAACAUUGUGGCGCAGCUACAGGCAUCUUUCUACUGAUAAAUGCCUCAGUCAUCAUCAUCAUCCGUGGACAUCGUUUCUGCCUGUGGGGUUCUGUUUACCUUGAUGCCCAUGGAGAGGAGGACCGUGAUUUACGCCGUGGCAAACCUCUCUUCUUAUGUGAAGAGAGGUAUCGAGUGUUGGAGCAACAGUGGGUUUCACACACCUUUGAUCACAUCAAUAAGCGUUGGGGGCCUCACUAUAAUGGACUCUAAGAUCUUCCAAAGUCCACUGCAAACAGCAACCAAUGACUGAGAAGAUGUUUUUUUUCUUUUUUUUCUGGCUUAUGUGUCUGCCCCGAUCAAAAUAUUUGGGAACCCUUAACGUGAUAAAUACAAACAUCCAGUAAAGGUAUUGCAGCCACAGCCUCAGUUUAUGUGAAGUUUGGUGUACAAUCAUGCCUAAAGAUUAACACGUGUGUGUGUUUAAGUGAUUUAUUGUGUGGUUUUCAACAGGGAAAAACAGAAUUUGGUAAGAUCAAAGUAAAAAGCACAACUUUGCCCAGCAAUUCGAUUGGUUUGGAACAGGCUUUUGAAGCCUGUCGUAUUUAUUUGGGUUAAAAUAUAUAUAUAUAUAUAUAUAUAUAUAUAUAUAUAUAUAUUUCAAGUGCUGAAUGUCCCUGCGAAGUUUGGUUACUUUUUGCACCAUUUAUGAUGAUGUUAAUGCAUAUCCCUUUUUAUUUAUCAAAAUGUGCUCUGCUGUGCUGGCAUGAGUUUCAAGCUCCUGAUGAGUGUAGCGAUGUUAUUGCAAUGUGCACUCAUUGUCUGCUGACAUGUGAUGGUAGGCAGGACAAGUCCACCCAUCAACACACUAGAGUUAUUUUGCAAACAAGCAAAGACUCUUUUUAUGGGUCUAGUUGCAAUCCAUCCUCAGGAAUUUUUUUUUUUUGUUUUUUGCUGUUUAAAAUAAGUUUUAGAUAUUUAAAUAAAUGCUGCUGCUCAUUGUUCAAGUAAGUAAUUUUAACUUUUUGUGAAGAUUUUUUUUUUCUAAGGUUGUGCUUUGAGUUUAUAGUAGAUGGCUGGGAAUGUUGACUCAAACUCACUUCAAUGUUUAAGAGGGUAUGCGGUCACCUCAUUGCGUUCACUACAGUUCUCGUAGUCCUGCUCUAUCCGCUUUUUGUUUCUGGUUGGUUUUGAAAAAAUAAAUUUUAAAAAAAGAUCUCAAAACACCAACUCUAAGACAGCUAAAGCUUCAACCGCUCAAUAAAUAAUCUAAACAUUCGUUUGUCAUCGCUCCACAAAAACCUGAAGUCAAACACAGAAUUUAAGUAGCAUACUGUUGUCAGGAAAAGGAAAUGUCGAUGCACAGAUAUAUAGCGUCUGGCGGCACUGGCGAAGCUGAACGCCAUAUGAGAGCAGAAAUACUAUACUCGUUCUGUCAAAGUUUUCUCUCAAGAUAUGAAACUCAAUGAAAUUUAAGUUGCUUUUUGAGACGAAAUGCCAAUACUCCUCAUCUUUCUGUGCUGUCUGAAAAAGUUUCCCCCCUUUUUUAUGCUUUGAUUGUCGAGUCCUAACUGCAGUAUAGAACAUUCAUCGUGUUGACUCUCCCUUUCUCAUGCACCAUCUAGUUGUGAUUUAUAGUUGCAUUCCAACAUUACAAGGUUUUCACUUGAGUAUCCGUUAUACACUGUGCAUGACAUCCUUUAAAGCCACCAUUAUUUAAGUGUCUUAGCUACUUAAUUUUCUGAUUAUCAUCUUUUUUUCUUUUUCUUUCUUGAAGACAGGAAUUUAUCCAGUCGUGCCUGCAAGAUUAUUUUUAGUUUUCUUUUUUUUUUUUCGAGUGAUAAACUGCUGAUAUCUGGUUUUGAGAUGCUGGGCCACAUCGUGCUGCAUUGAUGAAUCUCUAAAGAGCGGGUUAACACUUGGGAGAAAAAAAAAACAUCUUCUUGAAUUCAUGCAUGCUGCUUUUUCUGUUCACUGAGUUUUCUCCUCUUCUUUAUUUCACAGUACCCACUUUGUAAAUGACCGCAACCAAAUAGCCAACAAGUAAUGGGUGUAAAUUGUGACUGAAAGGUCUUGUGUGUUCUCCUGUAUGAAUGAAGAGAGAAUACAGUACAUUACUGUAGGUGCUGACUCAAACUUUCUGAGUUUGACCAGAAAGUAUGACUUGGACAUUUAAUGCAAAAUGUAACAUAUGUGAAUAAAAUAUAAUCACACUGA